AUGUACCCCAACAUACCAAGACGUGCGUACCCCCAACGUACCCCAACAUACCAAGACGUGCGUACCCCCAACGUACCCCAACAUACCAAGACGUGCGUACCCCCAACGUACCCCAACAUACCAAGACGUACCCCAACAUACCAAGACGUGCCCCAACAUACCAAGACGCACCCGCCCCGCACCACUCCACCGCCAAAGUCCACCUCAUCCCCUCAGUUAACGAUCUCCGAACACCGUCGACGGGAUCGAGGACAAGCCGAGGAUCUGCUUCGCAACGAAACCCGAGACGUUCACACUCCCUGCACCGAAGCUUCGAAGCAACGAAACCCGAGACGUUCACACUCCCUGCACCGAAGCUUCGAAGCAACGAAACCCGAGACGUUCACACUCCCUGCACCGAAGCUUCGAAGCAACGAAACCCGAGACGUUCACACUCCCUGCAGCCGAAGCUUCGAAGCAACGAAACCCGAGACGUUCACCACUCCCUGCACCGAAGCUUCGAAGCAACGAAACUCCGAGACGUUCACACUCCCUGCACCGAAGCUUCGAAGCAACGAAACCCGACACGUUCACACUCCCUGCACCGAAGCUUCGAAGCAACGAAACCCGAGACGUUCACACUCCCUGCACCGAAGCUUCGAAGCAACGAAACCCGAGACGUUCACACUCCCUGCACCGAAGCUUCGAAGCAACGAAACCCGAGACGUUCACACUCCCUGCACCGAAGCUUCGAAGCAACGAAACCCGAGACGUUCACACUCCCUGCACCGAAGCUUCGAAGCAACGAAACCCGAGACGUUCACACUCCCUGCACCGAAGCUUCGAAGCACCGAUCCUUGA